CCGCCCCGCGCUUUGGGUGGUGGCAGUUGCCUCCUCAGCUCCCGCCGCCUCCUCCUUCGCCGCCGCCGCCCUUCUCUCAGCCUCCUUCUCGGGGUCCUCCUUCCGAGGGAAGCAGCGCUUAGCCGAAAGGCCGGGAGACAAGCCGAGGCCGCCGAGGGCCUUUCCCUUUCUCUCCUUGCGCCCACGCUCGCCCCGACCGAGCGGCCGCCCCGAUGCAGGCCAUCAAGUGUGUGGUGGUGGGCGACGGUGCUGUAGGUAAAACAUGCCUACUCAUCAGUUACACAACCAAUGCAUUUCCUGGAGAAUAUAUACCAACUGUAUUUGACAACUACUCCGCCAAUGUGAUGGUAGAUGGGAAGCCAGUCAACCUGGGCUUGUGGGAUACCGCUGGACAAGAAGACUACGACAGACUACGCCCGUUGUCUUACCCACAAACAGAUGUGUUCUUAAUUUGCUUUUCCCUUGUGAGCCCAGCAUCCUUCGAAAACGUCCGUGCAAAGUGGUAUCCAGAGGUGCGGCACCACUGCCCCAAUACCCCCAUCAUCCUAGUGGGAACCAAACUUGAUCUCCGAGACGACAAGGACACUAUAGAAAAGCUCAAGGAGAAGAAGCUGACGCCAAUCACCUACCCACAAGGCCUUGCCAUGGCGAAGGAGAUCAGUGCAGUCAAGUACCUAGAAUGCUCAGCACUUACGCAGCGGGGCCUGAAGACAGUCUUCGACGAAGCCAUCCGAGCCGUCCUGUGCCCCCCUCCAGUCAAGAAGAGGAAGAGAAAAUGCCUGCUGCUCUAAUGCUGCUGCUGCUUUCAUCCCCCCCUCCCCCCCCCCCAAAAAAACCUUUUGUGCUUUGCUUGGAAUAACGGAGCAUUCCUGCAUUUCUGUUUUUUGUUAAAAAAAUUGGUUAUCUUUCCCCUUCAGGUUAUCCUAAAACAGCCAUCUUACAUAUUUCCCUUUGUUUAAAAAAGUUAGCUUCUUCCUUCCUUCUCCUUUUUUUAAAAAGACAUAUAAAGGCCUUACUUCUCCCCAACCCCCAACCCUUUUUUCCCUGCUCCGCUUAAUCAAAUGUUGCCAAACUUUCUGCUCCUUACUCUUCUUGGAUUGCUGUGCUUUGUUAUGUGAAGCCACCAGACCUGUUUUUUUUUUUCCUUACAGAGUCAGGCAGGUGUCUUUAAAAAUACUAAUGUUUUAUUACCAGCUGCAACACUUUAAUCGGGUUUUCCCAGGAAGAA